AUGGACCUAACGCAUCAGUUCAAGGUGAUGCCACGCUUCCCCCCAACAGCUGAGUGUUCAGAGCCUCUUGGUAUGGAGGACGGGACAAUCCCUGAUGAUCACAUCACGGCGUCCAGCUUUGUUGAUCUUUCAUGUUGCACACCCCAGAAGGGACGGCUGAACAGUGGCGGUGCAUGGGUACCAUGGAGAAAUGAAGGUUCCUGGAUCGAGGUGGACCUGGCGAACAGUUGUGUGGUGUCUGGCGUUAUCACAAAAAGCCGGAGAAACAGCGCGUAUCCUGGAUAUGUAACGAAAUACAAAGUGGCAUUUAGGAAUCAGUCCACAUCCGAUUCCACAUAUGUGACAGAUGCAAACGGAAACGCCAAGGUGUUCAUGGGUAACACUGAUGGCCACACCCCGGUCACUAACAUGUUGGAUCAGAGUGUGGUGGCGACCGUAGUGCGCAUUGAGCCUACCGAAUGGCAACGCUGGGUCCGUCUGCAAUUUGAGUUGCUUGGAUGUCGCCGUGAUUGA